AUGACGAGCGGCCAAGUCUUUGAUUUAAUAGUUGGGCUGAAGUCCCGGCAUACGGAAACAAGACAUAAGGCGAUACGGGAGCUAUUACAUUUUGCGAAAACCGAUCUUCGGGAAAUGUCACAGGAUAAUUUAACACAAACACUUGAUGAUUUCAAUCAACAAAUCCAUGUAUUAACUUCUAGUUAUGAUAAUAACGAAAAGAAAGCAGGCAUAUUAAUUAUAGUUUGUCUUAUAAGUGGUGAUCAGGAGGUAAAUAAAACGAGAUUGACCCGUUAUGCGCAAUAUCUAAGAAGCAUAUUUCCAUCAAAUGAUGCAAACAUUUUAGAACUAGCUGCUAAAACUAUGGGCCGCAUAGCAACUUGCCUUGGUAUCAAAAGAGGUGAAUAUGUUGAAUUCGAAAUUAAAAGAGCUUUUGAAUGGUUAGCAGAGGAUAGAAAUGAAAGCAAGAGGCUUUCGGCGUGUCUUAUAUUAAGAGAACUUGCUAUAGCCAUGCCAUCAAAUUUCUUUCAGCAUAUAAAUGAUUUUUUCAAUUAUAUUAUGAUACCACUCCGUGACAGCAAAGAGUCUAUUAGAGAAGCAGCUGGCAAGGCUUUGAGAGCAGCGUUUGUAGUGACUGCUCAGAGAGAACUACCAGAACAAAGUAAUAAAGCACACUGGUACAUUCAAUGUUAUGAGGAAGCGGUCUCUUCUUUUUCUGAUCAUUUAUGCAGGGACAGAACUAUUACCAGGGAUGAACAUGUUCAUGGUGCCUUAUUGAUUUUAAAUGAACUUCUCAGAUGUUCCAAUUCUGUAUGGGAAAAGAAAUACACAACCCUAAUGCAAAAACUUGACUCUCAACAGGAGAUAUCAGAUGAAAUGUCAACAUUUAAUCCAAAAACACAAAAUUCUUGGACUUAUCAAAGUUGUUUGGAGGACAAGCAACAAUCUUUUACUAUCUAUGAAUCUUCAAUUUGCAAAAAACUGGUAUCAGAAAAAUAUGAUCAGAUAUCAGUAGAUGUGAUGGCUCAACAGAUUUCAAGAUCUCAUACUGUUCACCAAAUGCUUUUGUUACUGAUUCCAAGACUAGCAGCAUUCAAUAGAGAUUCAUUUGCAAAGAAACACCUCAAGUCUACCAUCAAUCAUUUGAUAACAUUUUUGAGAGGGAGAGAGAGAGAAAAGGCAAUGGCUUUUACAACCUUGGGAUUAAUAUGUAUUGCAGUGGAGGAUGAAAUACAACAGUAUCUAUCAAGAAUCAUUGAAAUCAUCAAACUAACAUUACCUCUUAAAGAUGUGCCAAAGAAAAAGAAUGGUGCUGACAGUCCAUUGUUCAGCUGUGUCACUUUACUGGGAAUUGCAAUGAAGGAAACCGUUUCCAAUGAAAUAAAAGACCUUUUAGACCCCAUGUGUGUCACUGGACUUAGUCCUCAGUUGACAACUUGCUUUAAAGAGCUCAGCAAAAACGUGCCAUCUUUAAGGAAAGAGAUAACAGACAGGUUACUUAAUAUUUUGUCCUUAAUUCUAAGGAAAAAGCCUUACAUACCUUCAAAUACUGAAUCAUCCUCAGUUGCGAUGUUAUCAACAGCUAUGCUGGUAGAGCCUCAUGAUGCUGUGAAGUUAGUCUUAGCCUUGCAUACUCUGGGAUCAUUCGACUUUGAAUGGAACAAUACUCUCAUGUCGUUUAUAAGAAGAUGUACAGAUUAUUAUCUGCAGUGUGAGCAGCAAGACAUACGACUGGAGGCUGUGAAAACUAUUGCAAGGCUUCUUAUAAAAGCUAUCGAAAGAUCCUCAGUGACAAAUUCGCGAACACUUAACUCAUUAAUCGACGAAUCUAUCGGGAAACUUUUAUCAAUCGGCCGGUCAGACUUCGAUCAUGAAAUAAGAUAUAGAGUUUUUGAAAUAUUUACAAAUCCCAUUUUCGACAAAUAUCUCGCUGUAGAAGAGCACCUGAGUUGCCUCUUUAUAGCUAUUAAUGAUUCAAACAGUGAUGUCAGUGAACUGGCGUUAUGCGUUAUUGGCAGAUUGAGUAACAUAAAUCCCAGUUACACUACUCCAGCUUUGCGUCAAUUGUUCGUUGAAAUAUUAAUGGAAGUACAACACUCUGAGUCAGCUCGUACCAAAGAACAGUCUCUGAGAAUGAUAAAUCACAUAAUAUCUCAUGCUCCCCGACUAACUCGACAGUUUGUUGAUACCAUAUUAAAGGUGUUGGUCCCGAAACUUAAAGAAGAGAGUAAUCCCAACAUGAUCACCAUAAUAUUAAAGGCUAUAGGUGAUCUGGCGGAGGUGAACGGCGGUGGAAAUGCUUUAAAUCAGUGGUUGCCAGAAUUGAUGUCAAUUCAACUCGAGAUAUUGUCGGAUCCAAACCAGCCCGAGAAAAGAAGUGUUGCGCUCUGGUCAUUCGGUCAGGUUAUAAGCGCUAUAGGUUACGUGGUGACGCCGUACACGGAAUAUCCAAGUCUGAUGGAUAUGCUCUUAAACUUCUUUAAAACAGAACAAAAUGCUAGAGAUCGGAGGGAAACUAUACGUGUUCUUGGAUUGUUAGGAGCUCUGGAUCCCUACAAACAUAGAGUGAACCAAGGUUUAAUAGACUUCCAGACAGCGUCUACAUUGAUACCUAUUACAGACACCUCCAAUGAUAACUUGGAUAUAAAUGUGAAUGAGAUGCUCGUCAGUAUGUCUCCGCUCGUCCUGGAUGAAUUCUAUCCUGCGAUAGCUGUGACGUCAUUAAUGCGUAUUCUACGAGAUCCUCUGCUCUCACAGCAUCACACGAGUGUGGUUCAUUCCAUUACAUAUAUAUUCCAAACUCUUGGCUUCAAAUGCGUUCCGUAUAUAUCGCGCGUCACUCCAAGUCUUUUAUACGUAAUCCGGACGACUGAUAACCACAAUUUUAGAGAAUUCUUAUUCAACCAAUUGGCGCUACUAAUUUCCGUAGUAAAGAUACACAUACGAGCAUACUUGGAAGAAAUAUUUGAUCUGAUAAGAGAAUAUUGGACACCAGAUAGUCAGCUUCAACCGACUCUAAUAUCGCUUGUUGAGCAAAUAAUUAUAGCCAUCGGGACUGAAUUCAAAAUAUAUGUCCGAAAAAUAUUACCAAAUAUACUCAGACUCCUCAAAUAUGAUAACAGCAAAGAUAGAAUUUUAACAGAAAAGUUGUUAUUGACUAUACAAAAAUUUGAAAACAAUUUAGAUGACGUCCUAAUGUCUAUAGUGCCAGCGAUUAUAGCACUCUUCGACGGAAGAAAUAUACCGACGUCCAUAUCUAAAUUGGCAAUGGAAACAAUCGAACAUCUGUCUAUGUACCUCUACUUCAAACCAUAUUCAGCGAUGCUUGUUCAAGCAUUAGCUAAGGUUCUAGAAAACAGCAUUGCGUUACGUCAGACAGCGAUGAACACACUCUGCGCUAUCAUCAUACAACUUGGCAGAGACUAUAUAGAUUACAUACCAUCUAUAGAUAGGAUUCUGGUGAAGCACAAAAUACAAUGCCCCAAUUACAUCGUGCUUGUGACGAGACUGCAAGUAAUAUCUACGUUGGCUUCGGAUGAUGACUAUCUGGAUGAGACAAGGCUGAGGCUACGGAAUCAAAAGAAAGACGUUGUGUCAAAUGAUCCGCAAGCCAUACAAAAGUUGACUCUGAAUGUGGAGAAAUUAAGAAAAUGUUGGCAAGUACAUAACAUUCUAUCAAAAGAAGAUUGGUUGGAGUGGUUACGACAAUUGAGCAUCGGGCUGCUAACAGAAUCAAACAGCCCAGCUAUACGAGCCUGUUCAAGCUUAGCACAGAAUUACUCUCAGCUUGCAACGGAUUUGUUCAAUGCUGCCUUCAUGUCGUGUUGGACGGAGCUCGGUGAACCGGCGCGUUCAGAACUCGGUGCAGCUUUAGAAAAAGCACUUGUAGCGCCAGAAGCACCUGAACUUGCGUUGGCUGUUCUCAAUCUGGCUGAAUUUUUGGAACAUUGUGAGAAAGGCGCCUUACCUAUAUCUAUAAAACUACUCGGAGACACAGCCAUCACCUGUCGUGCUUAUGCAAAAGCUCUCUAUUACAAGGAGGAAGAGUAUCGAAGGAAUCCGUCGACUCAAGUAGUUGAAGCUCUGAUCCACAUAAACAAUAAAUUACAGCAAAGGGAAUCUGCAAAUGGAUUGCUCGAAAAAGUAAUCAUGCAAAAGAAAAGUGGUGAUUGCUCUCUCAAUGUUCACGUGCGUUGGUAUGAAAAACUGCACAAUUGGGAUCAGGCUUUGGAACUCUAUAACAAAAACUUAGAAGAAGAACCUGAGGACAUUGAGUCAAAACUGGGAAUGAUGCGAUGUUUGGAGGCUAUGGGUGAAUGGCGUAAGCUUUAUAGUAUGACUACAGAACAGUGGAGUACCAUGAGCGAUGAUAUCAAAAAGAAAUCAGCAAAAAUUGCUGCUGCGGCGUCCUGGGGCUUACAGGAGUGGGAUUCCAUGAAGAAAUUUGUCGAAUGUAUCCCUGACGAUACACAAGACGGAGCAUUCUAUCGAGCUAUAUUAUCUAUUCAUGAUGGACAUUGGCCCGAAUCUCGACAUUACGUCGACUCUGCUAGAAGUCUUUUGGACGCAGAACUAUCAGCUGUUGUUGGAGAAAGUUACCAAAGAGCUUACGGAGCUUUGGUCAAUGCACAGUUAUUGACGGAAUUAGAGGAAGUUGUUACGAUCAAACUUGUUGAAGAAAGACGAGGCAUCAUUCAUCGAACGUGGUGGACGCGGCUGCAAGGAGGUCAACGUUUAGUUGAAGAUUGGCGUAAAAUGCUUCAAAUUCGCAGUUUAGUAAUGAGUCCACAAGAAGACUUCCAAACAUGGCUUAAAUUUUCUUCAUUAUGCAGGAAAUCCGGAGCUAUUAAUCAGGCGCAUAAAAUAGUUCUGACUGUAUUAGGCUGUGAUCCUGUCACAAAUCCUGACAUAUUACUAACAUCUCAAGAUCCGAGAAUAGUUUUAGCGUACAGCAAAAACCUUUGGGACGCAGGAAAUAAAAGAUACGCCUAUGACGUGUUACAGAAAUUUUUGGAUAAUUCAGAAGCAGAAAAUGAAGAGCAGGGAAGGUUGCUAGCUCGUUGUCAUUUGAAGUUAGGUUCAUGGUGUGAAGCACUUCAUGAAAUAAAUGAAUUGUCGAUACCUGAAAUAUUGAGGAACUACACCACAGCGACACUGCUCGCUCCAGACUGGUAUAAGGCCUGUCACGCUUGGGCCUGUAUGAACUUUGAAACUGUCCUAUUCUAUAAACAACAGGACAACAUAUCGGAGAGCAGUAUAGCUGGUGGUUCAGGUGAAAAGAAGAUAUCGAGAACGGAAUUCAUCAAUACAUUCACAAUACCGGCUAUAGAGGGUUUCUUUAAGUCUAUUAGUUUGUCGAACGGAAGUUCUCUUCAAGAUACGUUAAGGCUACUCACUCUAUGGUUCGAUCAUGGACAUCACCCCGCUGUGUAUGAUGCUCUGUUUGAGGGUAUACGUCAGAUAGACGUAAAGAUAUGGCUUCAAGUGAUACCGCAACUGAUAGCUCGAAUUGACUCCCCUAGAAGUUUGGUGGCUAAACUAGUUCAUAUCUUAUUAAUAGAUAUUGGAAAGCUUCACCCACAAGCCCUGGUGUAUCCGUUGACUGUUGCCACAAAAUCCUCUUUCAUAACAAGGAAAAACGCAGCCAAUUACAUACUUAAAACAAUGUGUACGCAUUCUCAGAGACUUGUCAAUGAAGUGGCCGUUAUAUCAGAGGAGUUGAUCAAAAUAGCAAUGUUGUGGCACGACCAGGUGUACACUGCUUUGGAAGAUGCAUCAAGAUUAUACUUUAGUGAGAAAGAUUACAGAGGUAUGUUCAGAACAUUGGACAAGAUGCACGCCAUGUUAGAUCACCCGCCCGAGACUUUGAAGGAGGUGUCGUUUCUACAAAUGUAUGGCAGAGAUUUGAAAGAAGCACAACGCUGGUGCGAACUCUAUAAGGAUAGUGGUGAAGAUCGUUUCCUGAAUGAAGCCUGGGACCUAUAUUGUCACGUGGUCCGUCGUAUUGGAGGUCAGUUCAGAGCUCACACGUCGUUGGAGCUGCAGUACGUGAGCCGCAGACUACACGCGUGUAGGGACCUGGAGCUGGCCGUGCCUGGCAGCUACGUGCCCGGACACCCCGUUAUAAGGAUAGACAGGAUUAAUACACACCUACAGGUGAUCAAGUCAAAGCAGCGUCCACGACGACUAACAAUACAGGGUUCAGACGGGAAACAAUACAUGUUUCUUCUAAAGGGACACGAGGAUCUACGUCAAGAUGAACGAGUGAUGCAGCUGUUCGGACUCGUCAAUACAUUGCUUCAAUCCGACACUAAUACGUACAGGCAUGACCUCGCCAUACAGAGGUACGCGGUGAUACCGCUGUCGCCUAACUCGGGUCUCAUCGGCUGGGUGCCACAGUGUGACACUCUUUACAACCUGAUCAGUGACUAUAGAGACAAAAAGACGAACAAAAUGGCCCUCAACACGGAACAACAGAUCAUGCUGCGUAUGGCGUCCGAUUAUCAGAAGUUGAUGCUCAAACAUAAGGUGGAAGUGUUUGAAUACACGCUCUCUCAAACUCCCGGAAAUGACUUGGCGAGGCUGCUCUGGCUGAAGAGUCCUUCCGCUGAAGCGUGGUUCGAGCGUCGCACGAACUACACCCGCUCGCUCGCCGUCAUGAGCAUGGUGGGCUACAUCCUGGGGCUCGGAGAUAGGCAUCCCUCUAAUAUAAUGCUGCAUAGAGUCACCGGCAAAGUCCUGCAUAUCGAUUUUGGAGAUUGCUUCGAAGUAACCCAAACUAGAGAAAGAUUCCCCGAAAAGAUACCCUUUAGACUAACAAGGAUGCUUAUUAGUGCUAUGGAGGUAACGGGCAUCGAAGGGACGUAUCGUUUCACUUGCGAGUCGGUGAUGCACGUGCUUCAUAAACAUAGAGACAGCGUGAUGGCUGUACUCGAGGCGUUUGUAUACGACCCUCUACUCAACUGGCGUCUUAUAGACAACGAAAAACAUUCAAUCACUGAAUCCACCUUCUCAUCAGACCUAGAUUCAUCAUACUCUCUGCCAAGCAGAAGUCGGAAUCACUUACACUACGAAUCAUUGGAAAUGCCGCCGGAAUCAAAUCUUAACAAACGAGCUCUAGCCAUAUUGAAUAGGAUAAGAGAUAAAUUGACGGGAAGAGAUUUUCCUAACAUAGAGGCCGUAGUGAGUGUACCGAAACAGGUCGCCUUGUUGAUAAAAAUAGCAACGAACAAUGAAAAUCUAUGUCAGUGUUACAUUGGUUGGUGUCCGUUCUGGUGA